AUGUCACCAGCUUUGAUUGGCAUAUUGUCUGUGGAGCUGUACUUUGAAGAGUCGGUGGCAGGCAGGCAGACAUGGGCGCGCUCAACCACUAUGACCGGAAAGUACUAG